AUGGAUUCCGCAGUGGCACUUCUUUUGGAAGGAUUGGCGGCUUUAGUGUGCUGCUGCACAGCUAACCGUGAGUUCAGUCGACCCAAAGACGACAAGAACCCAAAAUCAACUAUUCCACUCCAAGAUGGUAACCAGGUCGAGGCUGCUGGUAGCCCCAGCGCUUCAGAAAAUUAUCUGAAGUGUCGGUUGUCACGCUGA